AUGUCUUCUCAAAUUCCAUAGCUCAUGAUUACAGAAUAACCUAUGGAUGAAUACUAGGAUUUUAUUAGUUAUUCACUAUCUGAUGUUUGUUUUUCAGCCAGUAAGUUCAAGAGUAAAGGUAAUAAUGUGAGUGAGAAUUCAAUUGAUUAGGACUACUAAUAACAUAUAAAUUCCACUCCCCUUUCUCCCAACAAUAAUAUUAAUUUAACUAAACCAACUAAUGAUUCUUCUGAUCAAAAAUAAAUUAUAUAAGGGUAACAACGUAAUAGUGUAAGUUCAACUUAAGAAAAAAUAUAUAGAGACUUUUUUCAAUACUUUUUGAUUCAAAAAUUUGUACAUAGGAUAUCAUUCAAAAAGAAAUUGAAUUCAAUGUUUGAUAAAUAUCAUUUCGAUGUGAUUAAUGAUUUAGGAGCAACAUUUAAUUUAAAUUUAUUUAGAGAGAAUACAAUAAAAAUGCGACCAAUUAUAGUCAAAUAGGUUUAGUAGAUGGAAAAUAAAUGCUUAUUAAAGUUUAAUAAGUUUUUAUUAUUAUUAUCUCAAAAAUGGAACUAUUGUCUUAAUAAAAUUCCAUUAAUUUACCCAGAAUCAAAAUUAAAAAUGCUUUGGGAUGCAAUAGUUACUUUAGCAAGAUUUUAUUUUAUAUAUGUAAUUCCAAUGGAUUUAGCAUGGGAAAUGCAAUCAUUUAUGUUUGAUAUCUUAAUCAUUCCCACAUCAUUAAUGCUGACUUUAUUGAUAAUAGAUUUUAUAUUAAGUUUUAAUAAUGCUUAUUAUGAGUUUGGAUCAAUAGUAACAGAUCGAAGAAAGAUUGCUUAAUAUGUCUUUACUAAAACAUAUGGAUUAGAUAUAUUGUCAGUAUUGAUUUUGAUAACAUUUUUGAUUAUUUCAGUUGUUCAAUCGCAAUAUGUGAGAUUAACUGAAAAUUGGUAUCAUUUACUAUUGUUAUUAUUUCUAAUAUAAUAUAAGAAUAUAUCUAAACUAUCAGAAUAAGUUGAAGAGGCUUUGAAUUUAUCAAAAUAAGUUAGUUCAUUAUUAGAAUUAGGAAAAUUAAUAUUUUUACUCUUUUUUGUUUUACAUAUAUUCUCUUGUCUUUGGUUUUGGGUUGGAAGCUAUUCAUAUAGAAAUGACUAUAAAACUUGGUUGAAUUUAAAAAAUUUAGAGGAAGCUGAUUGGAAUAUAUAAUAUUUAUAUUCAUUCUAUUUUUCAACAGUUACUAUGUUUACUGUUGGAUAUGGUGAUAUAACUCCACAAAGUACUUUCGAGACUGUACUUUGUAUAAUGUUUAUGAUGAUCUGUAGCAUAUAAUUAUCAUACAGUGUUAGUACUGUUGGUGCUAUAAUUGAUAAAAUUUCAUUCUAUUCUAAAGAGAAAAGGAAGAAGGUUUAAACAAUAAAUACUUAUAUGUAACACAAGAAGAUAAGUUAUGAAUUACAAUUUAAAAUUAGAGAAUAUCUCAAUUAUUAUUGGUAAUGUAAUCAAUAAGAAGAAACAGAGGAAGAAAAGAAUAUUAUAAAUUAAUUAUCAGAAAAUUUAAGAGAAAGUUUACAAUUUGAAGCUAAUUCAAUGAUAUUAAAUACUUGUCCAUUAUUUAAGAAUCAUUUUAGUGAUUAAUUAAAAAAGAAAUUAGUGAAAAAGAUAAAAUCAAUAGUAGUUUAACCAGAAAAUAUAAUUGAUUUUAAUCAUUUAUUUCCAAGUUAAAAAAUGAAUUAAUUUAUAUGUUUUGUAGAAGAAGGAGAAAUACAAAUAUUUAUAGAAAAUGAAAUGUCAUAAAAUCAUGUUUCAUAUAAUUCAAUAUCAAUAGUUAAUACUGUUUUUAAGGGUAGUAGUCUUGGUUUGAUGUCAUUCAUUACAGGAAUAAAGGCAAGAGAAAGAUUUAAAAGUAUAGGAUUUUCAAAAUUGUUAUUAUUAUCUAGAGAAGAUUUUCUUAAAAUUAUACCAGAAUUUCCAGAAGAUUAUGAAGUUUUCAGAGAAAUGCAUGAUGAUUUAAUUUAUAAUUCAGAUUCUGAAUUUCUAAAAUUAGCCUGUUUUUCUUGUAAAAGUGUUUCACAUAAAGUUAUUGAUUGUCCAUUAGUUCAUUUUAUACCUGAUAAGGAAUAUUUAGUAAAAAAACAUUAAUUUUCAAGAGAAUAAAAAAGAAAUGAAACUUUUAAAUUUAAAUUCAGGAGAAAUCCUAAAAGAUAACAUGGUUAUUUUUCAGCUUAUAAUGAUUUAGAUUUAAUUUAAGAAACUAGUGAUUUAUUUUAAGCUGAUAAUUAUAAAUAAUGUCUAUUUUAUGAGGAACUUGAUGAUGAAGUUGAAAAAUCAAAAAUUCAAUCUAUAAAUAUUACAAAACCUUCUAAUUAUUUAUAAUAAGAUUCAAUUAAAGAAGAACCUGAAGAAGAUGUUUAGGUAGCUAUGAACUUUUUAAAUCAAAGAAAAAGUUAAAUUAAUAAAAUUACUAAAAAAUCAAUAUCUUUAUUAGUAGAUGAAGAUUUAGUGCCAUUAUAACAUUUUAAAGGAAUAAAUAAAUUUAAAAGAGCUGUAGAAGUUGUUAAAAGUUUGAAUAAAAUUACCAAUCGAAAAAGUUUUAAGGCUUAGACCAAAAAUAUAUUGGCAUCAUUAAAUAUUGAUAAUUAUAAGGAUUCAGAAUAAAAACAAUUAUUAAAUGGGAUAAAAAAGAGAUUAAAAUAUAUUGAAGACCAUAAUAUAGAAUGGUUGGAAAAGGAUAUUUAAGAAAUGGAAUUUUUAAAAAUGAGAUUAUAAAUGUUAAUUAAACUUAAUGCUUAGAAGCCUGAAAAAUUUGAUUAAAUAGAAAGUGUAAAAUAGUAUAAAUUUUAUAAUAUACAUAAUAAUGUGGAUUAGAUAUUGACAAUUUAUAAUGAAUUCUAUAAAGUUAAGUUGAAAGAAUUAUCAAAUAUUCCUUAAAUCUUUAAGUAAUUUGUUAGGUAUUUGAUGUAUCCAUAUUCUUUUAUUCAUAAAUACAAAUUUAAAUCUGACAAUUUUAAUGUAAGAGAAAUUAAAUAGGAGGAUACAAAUUAAAAAAAAAAGAAUAAUAAAUUCUCUAAAUUAUUGACCUUACAUAAGUAAAGUAAAAAUUUACGUAAGAAAUUAAAUGUGAAGAAAGCUUAAAUAUAACCACUAUGA